UGCUCUUCACAUUCAUUUCACAGCGAGAGAGCAGCCCGUCGAGGGGGAGCAACAUGAGACAAGUUUGACUCUAUAAACUCAUGGAAAAAGUGGAAUUACUCUGACUUUUUUUACUUCGACAUCGAGAACAACGUUUUGUUAUCAUGAGAGUGUGAGCUGAUUUACAACUGAUUUAAAAGAUAUAUUUUCAAGAAAAACUCAACUCAAGUGCUAGAGAAGAUAAACAUACUCGAAACAAUAUGUCAUCCACUGAAGAACCGUCUGGCACGGUCCUGCACCGGCUGAUCCAGGAGCAGCUGCGCUAUGGAAACCCCACAGACACCCGCACUUUAUUAGCCAUCCAGCAGCAGGCCCUGCGUGGAGGCAGUGGGAGCAACAGUGGACCCAGCAGUGGAUGUGAACUGGGCAGGAGCCCACGCUCCUCUCUGGAAAGUCUCAACCAGGAGGAGCCUCCGUUCCCUCAGCUCUCUGCCAGGCAGGAGCCCCAGGGCCAGGAGCACCAGGGAGACUACCUUCACUCAGAGAGUGGCUACCAGCUCUACCAGCUGCACAGUGACGAGCUGCCAACAUACGAGCAGGCCAAGGUGCACUCUCAGCUACCUGAGCUGCCGUACUUCACACCGCCGGCCCUCCAGAGCCCGAGGCAGAGCAUGGACAAACGCAGGCCGCUUCCAGACUACUCAGCCCCCAUCCAGGGCCAAAGAUUUAUUCCUCACCAGAGCCAGGAGGUGCAAGCACAGCAGCUCAGGUAUGUCCAGUCUGUCCAGCAAGCUGAACUGCCCUGCUACAGCACAUUCAGCAGUCUGCCACCUGCUGGCUUGGAGGAGCCCAACCAGGUGGAGCUGCUGCUGAUGGAGAACGAGAGGCUGAGGCAAGAGCUGGAAGCACACAGGGAGAAGACUGGCCGUAUUCAGAAGCUGGAGCAGGAGAUCCAGCGUAUUUCCGAGGCCUAUGAAACAAUGAUGCAGGGCAGCUGUAAGAGGGAAAACCUGGAGCAGACACUGAGGAAGAGGCUAGUGUCUGAGAUCAGGAGGCUACAGGAUUUCAACAGAGACCUAAGAGAAAACUUGGAAAAUGCCAGAUCACAUGUUGCUAAAGAAGUAGAAGCAGCUGACCACAACCAGCACAUCAUGGCGAAACUCCUUGAACAAAAUGAGGAGCAGAACUUUGAGAAGGAGCGCGUAGAGCGGGAGUUGGAGCGAUUGCGAUCCACAGUGGAGGAGCAGAACAAAAGGUCAAAGCAUCUCGAGGACGCGCUGGACACAGCUCGUGGACGAGGCCGCCAGCUUGAAGACGAGUUGAGGAGGAAGAGGGCUUAUGUGGAGAAGGUUGAGAGACUUCAGGGUGCGCUGGCUCAGCUGCAGUCCACCUGUGAGAAGAGGGAGACCCUGGAGAUGAAGCUGAGGACGCGACUAGAGCAGGAGCUGAGGACUCUGAGGGCACAACAGAGGCAGACUCAGCCACCAGGAGUGACAAUGGGCUCCCUCCAAGAGCGCCUGCAUGAGCGCGAGGAGCGAAUCCUGGCCCUCGAGGCCGACAUGGUGCGCUGGGAGCAGAAGUACCUGGAAGAAAGCACCAUGAGGCAGUUUGCCAUGGAGGUGGCUGCCACCGCCGCUGCACAGAGAGACACCACCAUCAUUAACCACUCGCCUUGCCACUCCUCCAACAACAGCUUCAACGAGGACCUGCCGGUGGCCGACUACAGGAAUCAGGAGAUGGAGAACAGGAUUCGUGCCCUUUACGCUCAGAUCUUGGAGAAGGACGCUGUGAUCAAGAUCCUCAACCAGCGGCUGCACCAGGACCAAGGGAGGAAGGACGAGCACAGCCCCCGCCCAAACCUCCUGAAUACAGUGGGGGCAUCUCUCCGACCCGCCUCCUCCACCCCCUCCAUCAGCGCCGCCUUGAGCAACACAAGGAGUCGAGGUAAGAGUCUCUCAGACGAUCAGACUUUGCCAAGCCAUCAGUUCUCCGCUCAGUCUGAGCCUGGAACGCUCGAGCUGCAGGUGGAGGGGACGAAAGCCAAAGAGGCUGCCAGCACGACUAAGCUCAACAGUGACAAGGCAGCGCCUAAGAAGUUGCUAUUGAACCCCUUCAGAGGCCUGGAUGAGCUGGAUUCAGAGGCUGUGGAAAUCUUCAUUUAAAGAACCGGGAGGUGGAUUUUGAAUGAGAGAAAAUAACAAUUCUGAGAAUCUGUGAAGAGUGCAAGUCUUUGAAAAGAGUGGAUUGAAUAUUGGAUUCAAGAAUGUCGUGGAAAGUGGCCAAUGCACGAAAAAAAAAAACGAGGACCAUUUUCACAUUAUUAGAGACAGAGCUGUGCUCCGCCUCACUCCCUCUCACUAAGCUGGACAGCUGCAGGCAGUCUGCCCGGCUGGGUGAGAAAAGACUAAUCUUCUGAGGUACUUGGACAGUAUUGUGGAUUGUAAUAGGGCAACAUGUUUUCAGAGAGUGAAUGCCUAAAUAUUUAUAUAAAUAUAUAUAUUUGCUGCUUUCCCCCUUCAUAACCCCCUUUAUCUCCUCUCCCAACCCAGUGAAUUAAGAAGCUACAUAUUUAUCUUAUCUGGUUUCCACAUUCCCCAAAUAUUAACUUAAGCCUCCUGCUCUUCAAGACAAAUAUUCAAUAAAAGGUUAUCUAUGUGACCUAUAUUCCCCCCCCCUCUCCAAUAAGAAUUGUCAAUCUGAGUAACCUCAUUCCCAUCACUUGGAUCUUAUCUGUGUGUAAGACUUCCCUGUGUUCAAUAAUUUAAGCUUAUAACACAUGAGACACUGCUGAUUUAAAUGCUCUUGCUGUCCAUAUUGCUGAAGCCCGAGCAGCUGGUUCUGCAAAGGUUUAGAGGUGUGUGUGAACUGUGAGAUGCAUAAUAUAUUAAAGACAAACUGAAACAGA